CUACCGAGACAGAAACCAAUACAUCCAACACUGAACACACAAGACUCAACACUCCACAUUGACUGAAGAUGCUGUGUUCCCGAGGAUUCCAGUCUUCCCUCAGCCCAUUGAUGGACUUCUACUGGCCUGUGCGCAGUCUAUGGCCAGAGGUCCGACCUCUUCUCAGCCAGCGGGAUCUACUGCAGAGAAACCUGCUAGAGAUCAAGAGCAGUCUGGAGCUGAUGGCAAAUCUCCAGCAGCAGAUCUUUGAAGAGUUGGACAAUGUCCCAUCCUCUUUGACCAUCCAACCAGUCUCCUACAAGCUGGAUAAAGAUGGAGAGGGCUUUGCCCUGACACUGGACACUAAAGACUUUUCCCCAGAGGAGCUGUCUGUCAAGCAGGUGGGCAGGAAGCUGAAAGUCAGUGGGAAGACAGAGAAGAAGCUGGAUGAUGGGGAAGGCUCCUACUCUUACAGAUGCCAAGAGUUCAGACAAGAGUUUGAUCUGCCUGAAAAGGUGAAUCCUGAGACAGUCACCUGCUCCCUGGCUCAUGACGGGAAACUCCACAUUCAGGCACCAAAGAAUCCAUUAUCUGGUGAGGAGGAGGUGGCAGAGAGAGUGGUUCCCAUCAACUGUAGCCUGGAUGUGGAAACCUCACAAUUCCUGUCAAAGACAGAGGGAAGCAUCACCGACACACAGAAGAAACAAGAGAACAGCGUUUCACAUGAGGACUGAUUUUUAUUUCACUGGAUGAGACAUUUUCUAAUACAUAUUUUUCAUGUUUUGAGACUGUAUGCAUUUACAUUUCAUAUCUUGUAACAAUCAAUAUGAUAUGCUUUUUAAUUUAAUCAAUAAAAUAUUUUAAAAAAUCCUGAAUUUUGCAGUUGUUAUGAUCUCUUCAAUGGAUAUCAACAUAAUGACCAUUAUCUAUCUCUCAUCAAAAA